AUGAGUAAAGUAGACGAGGCCAGGCAAGAUGCAGAAGUCAUCGAAGCGCCACCACCAAGAUAUGAAGCAAACAACACGAUUAUGAUAUUGUCGAAGCUGUACCCGACCACUCCCAUCGCUAACUAUCUAAUAAACCCAGCCCCAGAACUCUUCUCCUCUAAUCAGAAAUCCAAUCCAAACUCCCAAGGCAUAAUCCCACAUCCUCGAGAAAAUAAGAAAGAACUCCAAACACGACUUGCCCUAAGGCCGGCGAGACAGUGGCCUCCAUUGUCAUACCGGCAGAUCGGCCAUGUCUUUCCUUCGCUGUCGACAUACUGUUGGUUGGACAAGAACGAGGCCAUAACCUCUUUAUGGAAGUCUUUACAAUCGAAGCGUCAUUAUUGCAGACAAGAAAGAACGCCAUCUCUAGCGGCGGCAGUAUGCGAUCCAUUCACAUCGAUUCGGCAGGACAGGACAAGCCGCUUCCACGCCCACGCCGUCGCCAUGUGUUUCCUAGGCGCAUAUCAUCUGCAUCCAUGGAUUCAGACGGCAUCGGUCGACGAUGAUGACUAUGCAUGGCAGCGGACUCGCACCGCACCGCGUCGGCAGGCUGAGGCUAGAAUAGAUCUGGCCCGUCGCCCGAGAGCCACAUGCAGCGAAGCGCAUGGUCGAGUCUCCAAUCUCCAGGCUUCAGCUGCCUGCGUUCCAGCUGUGCCAUGGCAGCUGCCAACACCGCCUCGCCGCCUUGUCGCAGUCGUCCAAGGAACCUUCAGCGCGCCAUUCUCUGCUUCCCGGCCUGAUAGAAUAUUCCAUGCUGGCCUGACGAGCCGGAAACUCAGUCCCAAUGAGCAUCAUGAGUCGCGCCAUGUCACCCCACGAACACGCGCCCCCGCCCCGCCUUCUGGAAGCAUGUUACAGAGUGCGAAGGCACAUGUCAAGCAAGCCUUCAAUGACGGCGGUGCCAUCCUGGAGAAGAUCAAGAGGAAGCGGGCGUUGAAACGUGCACCACCGCCGCCACGGCUAUUGGAGGAGUCUCUCGACCAAGCUCCGGCCGAGAUCGAGAAAGAGAAGCAACGCGGAGUGACGAGGUUCGGAAAGGCAUUCGAGCAUGGAGACACCCUCGGCAUCAUACACCUGCAGCAGAUCACCAUCCAACUGCAAGCAGCGCUGCUGGAGAAGCUGAGAAACACCGCGUUCGACGACGAGAACAAGACUACAGACUUCUCAUACCUGUCGGAUGUAGUCGACCUAGGAAGGGACAGGACAAUCACAGCUUUGCAUGAGCUCAAGCAACGUCUGUUGAGCAGAGACGGCACUCCGACUGCAACACAGAACGUGACCCCCAACUCCAGCAGCAGCAACUUAGGCGUACACUCACAAGUCAAACCGGAGGAGCCGCCACAGCCAUCGCAGUCCAAGCCUCAUAACGCGCGGUCUUUCUCAGUUGUCGUACCAUCACAACAGCAGCGCCCGCCUCCGCCUGCGCAUCAUCAUAAGACAUGGAGUCGCGACUUCACCCAUUCGAGAGAUGCCUCUGGAGAGGAAGACACAACUUCUGGCGCGGAUGAGAACCAGAAUCAUGCCCACAAUCGGAAGCGAAGCUCCCUCCUGCACUUCUUGAAGCAUCACCGCACGACCAGUGCUGAAUCACAUAAAGGCCUACCGCCAGCCGUCGAAGAGCCUCAACGCCAAUCCUCAAUCUCUCCCACAGGACCGACAAGUGCUCCCUUCCAGCCGCCACCCGCGAAGAGCACUGGUGAUCUCAAUAGCAAUGGACCCGAACGCAAGAGCUUUCAGUAUGAAGAGUGGGAGGACAACCCUUCGGAGAUCUGGGGCUCGAAGCCUUCCAUGGACCGACGCGAGACGAUGGCCCUGGCUCCAGAUGCUCAACAUCCAAACGCUGCUCUCGUACGCCAGACAUCGCCACCAUCACCCGUGCUCACCAACCGCUCCAACUCCCUAAAUCCAUCAUUUCACGGCGUUCCCAGUACUGCACUCCCCACGCCGAAUCCUGAGAAUGACUACUUGGGAUUCUGCAAAGGCGCAUGGAAGCUGCAGAAUGGCGACAGAAAGAGCUCGUUUGGAAAGUGUAGAGAAGUCGACGCUUGGUCUCGGCAUCCAAGCUCAGCAAAUGCAGUCCACUACCUCGCAUGUAACACAAACAAAUGCGCAUUUCGAAGCAACUUCUCCCAUGUUGAUCUCAACGUGGUGUGGUCGCGUGUCUUUGCGGUGCCAUCCAAGGGCAUCAAGCUGCGAUGGACGUUCCUCGCGAAGAGCCAUGUGCUGCAGAAAGUCGUGGUCAAACACCAAUAUAGCUUUAACUGCUUGUUCUGCGUCUUCUUGACCGGCAAGUCAGGCGUAUACCACGGCAUCGACUACUAUCUCGAUCAUAUCGCAAGCGAGCAUCGAGGUAGUCGGAACCUGGGCGAGAUCAUCUUGUAUAAGACGGGCUGCAUAGCGGACCACAAAGCCGAAGACUCGGAAGAAUUCGACAUUAAUCUCUGGCCCUUGGAGGAGGCUCAGCACAAACCUCGACAGCAGUCCGAGUGGCUUAAUGAUGAUCUGCUGUGGCAGGAAGCUGGACACUCAACCAAUACCGAUGCGAAGGAUAGUAUGUUCAUGAUUUCCACUAUCGAGGCGCAGAUGACCGGACAGAACUGGAGUAGGACUCCUGGGACUGUGCUGACUGCCGAAGAAGCCACGUUCCGGUCUUGUCGCCAAGAUUGCCAUCUCCUACGUUGA